AUGAAAUCUUUCUUACGACAAGAUCUUUAUAAUAUAAUUGACUUAGAAGGCAAUAGAGUAGAUAAAACUGAUGAACGAUGCAACUCUAUUAUGGGCGAUUCACUUAAUAUUUUUGGUAAGAUAAAUGCUAAUGUUAAUUUUACUGGUAGUUGAUACACCUAUAGUGCUAUACCGUUUAUUAUUAGUACUGAUAUACAGUUUGACUGCGUAUUAGGAUGGGGUUUUUUAGUCAACAAUAAUUUAGAUAUUCAAAGGGGUAUAUCGGGUGGUACUAGCUUCUAUUCCCUGAAGGGACCUCGUGGGAAAAUGUGAGCUUUUUCAAAUGCAAAUGGUUUAUCUGGGAUUGUAGAGUCGAACACUUCUACUGAAAAACCUGAUUAUGGUACUGAGCAAGGCGGUGACUCAUAUUUGUUGUUUCAGUCGCAGUAUAAUAGUCCAAUUGAGGUUUACCUUAACGAGGAUGUAGUGAUUCCAGCCAGAACUGAGGUUACUAUUGAUGGUAAGUUGGCUAAAAUAACUGCAGCUAAUGUGGGUAUGGUUAAACCACAUUCUUCUCACUAACACGACAUACAUAUCUCACAUAUUGUAGUACAUCCCAGGGGUAAACAUGUGCCAGAUAGGAUAAUGAAUACUUCGCACGAUACAAUUCAACUAAUGUCCAGUGAUGAGGUAGUGGAAUUUUAUCAAGUAUUGAGCUCUAAAAUUAAAGUAGGUGAAUUGUCCAGUGUAACUAAUAAUAUCGUGUGCAGCAUAACAGACAGUGUGCAGCAUAACAGACAGUGUGCAGCAUAACAGACAGCGUGAAAACUUUUGAUAGUCAAGUCAGUGAAUUAUACUAUACUAUAUGUAACGAGUUCAGACGCGCAUUUUUGAGCUCCGUAUUUACUACGUAUAUACAAAUAACAUUUUACAAAUAAGAAUUGAAAUAUUGGAUGUUUAAUACUCAAGUAUAAUUUGUAUCAUGCCUGAUACAGUUAAAUCGCUAAAGUUAGAAAAUGAAGAGCUCAAGAUACAAGUGAAUAUGCUGAGAAAGGAGUUUAAGAAUCUUGAAGCCACUUUGGAGCGAUGUAUUGCUCAAUCCAAUGACACAAAAGAUGUCCAUUCAAGCAUAUCAAACGAAACGAAUAAAAGUCUCGAUUUUUUAAGCAAUGGCUAUGAGUUAUCAAGCUUUCGUCGCGAAGCCAAAAAGAGUUUGUUCAACUAA